AUGCCGCCCGAGCCACAAGAACGUCAACGCCGUCGCAAUAUAGCACUGGCAUGCGAGCCGUGCCGGGAGCGGAAAGCCCGUUGCGACGGCGGCAAGCCCAUCUGCUCAACCUGCCGGCGCAGGUCUCUGGACCUGGAACAAUGCGUAUACAAGGUCGGCAACGCGAGGACCGCGUGUAGUGAUGAUUACACAAAGACUCUCCAUGAGCGCAUCCGCAAGUUGGAGCAAGCCUGCGUAGCUCAUGGCAUUGAAAUCACCACGCUCGAGGCCACGGAGUCGGGCCCGGUGGAUGCGCCGGGGAUGAUGAAUCAAUCGCCGGUCCAGCUACCUUCGCCAUAUUCAGGCAUCAGCAUGGAGCACUCCGUCGAGCCUAGGAGAGUGACGGCCAUGGGUACCAUCUUUGCCGAAGACCAGCUCGAAGUCACACCCAACCACGUGGAAGACGACUUUUACGGCAGCUCCUCGGCCGUGUCCUUCUUGAAAGAGGCCUACAGCGCGAUGAACCCGCCCCCCUCGAGCGCCGAACCCUCCUCCCUGUUCAGAAACCACCAGCAGGCCGCGCCGGCGCCCGACCGGUCGCCCUUUGCCGACGUUGACAAGCUCCCCCUCCCGCCCCGGCCGUUCGCCGAUCACCUCAUCCAGAUCUACUUCCGCCGGAUCCACUACCUCUACCCGGUCUUCCACUGGCCGGCCUUCGAGCACGCGUACCAAACCCUCUGGCGGCCCGCCACGGCCGCCGACGCUGACGCCGCCGCGAACCGGUUCCACGGCGUCGGUCUAGGCAGCUCCCCCGGCGCCGACGCCCGGACCAUCGUCCUCCACGGCGCGCUCAACUCCAUGUUCGCCCUCGCGUGCAACUACGCGGACCUGACGCCCUCCGAGAAGGCCAAGGGCAUCGAGCUCUUUCUGCUCCGCAGCCGACAGUACUUCGGCAUCGAGCUGCUGGACAAGAACAACCUGGGCGUCGUGCAGACGCUGCUCCUCUGCGGCCUCGUGAUGCAGGCGACACCCUUCCCGGACCGGUGCUGGAACGCCAUCGGCAUAGCGUGCCGUGUCGCCCAGGGGCUCGGCCUCCACAUGGAGGCGGCCCGGCAGCCCGGGAAAGCGACGUUGGAGAAGGAGAUCCGGCGGCGGACGUGGCAAGGAUGCGUUAUCAUGGACACUCUUGUGAGCAUGACGUAUGGCCGCCCGACCGUGGCCGCCUGCCUUGUCGUGAACGACCUGCUGCCACGGCCGCAGUCCAUGACCGAGACGGACGCCGAGAAAGUGAGGCUGCAGUUCAACUCGCAAAGCUUCAAGCUGAGCCUGGUGCUGAAAGACAUACUGUGCAAGAUACACCAGCCCUGGCGGAGCCGCCACCAAAAUGAGCGGCUCCGCAGCCCCGGCAGCGCGGCGGCGGACGGGAUGCCGAGCCUCGACGCCAUCGUCGAGCUCGACACACGGCUGGACGACUUUGAGAGGGCGGUACCGCGCUUCCUGUCGUGGCAGUCCGCGUCGCCGUCGGAGGGACUGCUGGCCCCGGAAGACCCGAAAACCAUUGCCAUACAGAAGCACGUGCUUCAAGCGAGGUUCCUCUACGUGCGUCUCACUCUACACCGGCCGGUUCUGGCCAAGCUCUCUGCGGCCUUUGCCAGGCCUCGCCAGGAAACCGACCUCAGCGAGCCCGCGUCAAGAAAUUCGCCAGACAAGGGCCUCCGAGCCCCUUUUACAACCGAGUGCGCCAGGGUAUGCGUGGAUACGGCCUCUCGGCUCAUCUCCUUGGUAAAUGGCUCCUACCAGACCGACACGACGGGGGCGUGGUGGUGGAACAGCUUGUACGCCUGCACCGCCGGCCUGGUCCUCAUCGUCUGCCGCAUAUAUCCGCCUCUCUGGGCGCGGCUGGACCACGCCGUCGUCGCGGACUCCUGGGAACAUUGCCAGGAGAUCCUCAAGAGCAUCGCCAAUGUCAGCGUCUCCGCCCGCAAGUCGCUGGACCUGCUCCGGAAGAUCGACGUGGCCGUCACGCAGCUUUUGACAGCACGAGAACCGUCGGGCGAGCAGAUCGACCCCGGUCUCUGCGCGGACGUGACGGGGAGCUGGUCUCCCCCGGGAGAUAUUGAUGUGUCGCUCCUCUUGGACCCCGACCCACUGUCGCUUUUUCGCGGGUGGGAGACGCCUGGCUUCGAGUCGUUUAACCCCUGA